AAAAAACAAUUUCCAAGGAAUAAAACCGUGUGCAUGCAAAGAAAUAAAGGUACAAAGGCAAGAGUCGAAGCAUCGUCAAAAUUCCUAUAUAAAUCCAAGCCUUUCCAAUCGCUUCUCAAAUCCCUAUACAUUCCUCUUACCUAAGAAGUCAUCGAUGGCUUCCAAACGUAUUGCCAAGGAGUUAAAAGACCUGCAAAAGGAUCCUCCAGUUUCUUGCAGUGCUGGUCCUGUUGGUCAAGACGUGUUUCACUGGCAAGCAACAAUUAUGGGUCCAGCAGAUAGUCCUUAUGCGGGGGGUUUAUUUUCAGUGAACAUUCACUUUCCACCAGAUUAUCCCUUUAAGCCACCAAAGGUUUCCUUUAAAACCAAAGUCUAUCAUCCUAACAUCAACAAUAAUGGAAGCAUCUGCCUUGACAUUUUGAAAGAGCAAUGGAGCCCUGCUCUUACUGUUUCCAAGGUGUUAUUGUCGAUAUGCUCACUGCUAACGGACCCAAAUCCAGAUGAUCCAUUGGUUCCAGAUAUAGCUCACACGUACAAAAAUGACAGAGCCAAGUACGAAAAUACUGCCCGAUCUUGGACCCAGAAGUAUGCGAUGGGCUAAAUAAAACAAAACCAACAAUGCUUGCACUUUUAUGUUUGCUGGAUUUGCAUGCAAAGGUUAUAAUUAUUAGGUUAUAUUAUGCUCAAACUUAGUGGAGAUCAACAUUACAGUGGUUGCUUUCUCUGCACCAUCUAAUAAUAUUUUGUGAUUAAUAUAUCAUCACCUUGUACAUCUAUAUUCUCAACUUCCUCAAUUCUGCUAUGCUAUGGGGGUUGAAUAUGAAAUUACUUGCAAGUCUAAUAGGGUUGAUA